GAUCUUGAAUCUGGUGGAAUCGCAGAUCGACCUGGCGAUAUGGUGGAUGUAUUUCAUACUCAUUUUGGAAUCGCAGGGUUAUCUUUAUUAGGAUAUCCUGGCUUAAAACUAGUUGAUCCAAUUUACUGUUUACCAGAAUAUGUGGUUCAAAAAAGGAUCGCCGUUAAUCCGGCUCCGAAGGCCGAUUGUGCAAUAUCAUUACAAACUUAG